GUACAGGACAAAGCUUGGAGCAUCUGCACUGUGGUGUGUGCACCUUGGGCUUGCGGCAGGGAGCAAGGGGUGGCUACUCUGAGAGUCCUCAAAGAAUGUGUUGUUUGACAGUCGGGAUGUCAAAUUUGUGGAGAACAUCAUAUAUGGCAAGUGGGAGAAGCAGCCGGAGGCAAGGGUCACUCAGCAGCUGGAAGAGAUCACUAUGCACUUCGAUUUGUCCGAACCUGAGGAUAGCGAAGUCACUGCGCAAACGGCAAGCGGUACUGAUGAAGGAAGCAAUGAGGAUAUUGCAGCUGAUGCUGAAGUCAAGGAUCCGGAGCAGCAGCAGCAAGAGGCUUCCAAAACACCAAGUCUGCCAAAGCGAAGGAAACAGAUUGGUGGGGGGACAAAGGAUUGGGUGAAGGUGAAAGAAUGGGUAAAUCCAGCCACCUACCCUGCACGUACCAGAAUGGCAACGAGAAAGCUGCUGAGCUCUACAAGUGGAGGAGCCACAACUGAGCAACAGCAACAGGCUCAAGGCGAAGAUGCAGUGCUGUUCUUGGGUGAUGACCAAGAGUCAGAUGACGAGGAGCCUGCAUACUGCUUUUACGCACCAGUACAACCUCCGAGCAUGGAUCAUGCGCUAGCCGGGCCUCAACGGGGGAAGUGGCUCGUUUCGAGAGAUGCAGAGUACAACAGCCAGAUGGAGAAUCACACAUGGGACCUGGUAAACUUGCCAAAUGGGAAGAAGGCUAUACAGUGCAAGUGGCUGGCAAAAAUCAAGACGGAUGAGAAAGGAGAGCCAUCAGUUUACAAGAGCAGGCUGGUGGCAAAGGGGUUUCAGCAGAAAGAGAAGGAAGACUACAAAGAAGUGUUUGCCCCAACUACUAAGUCUCCAACGCUACGUGUGCUGCUGGCGGUAGCUGCUGUGCGCAAAUGGAAGGUGAAGCAGAUGGACAUCGUAACCGCUUUUCUGUACGGCAUAAUGGAAAAGGAGGUGUACAUGGUUCAACCACCUGGCUAUGAGGAUGGAACCGGUCGUGUCUGCAAACUUAACAAGGCCAUCUAUGGCUUGAAGCAGGCCCCGAGAUGCUGGUACAACAGGCUGGCCAGUGCAUUGGAAGGGAUUGGAUUCCGUGCGAGUGCAUGCGACGAGAGCCUAUUCCUGAUGGGCGAGGGGGAGUCGCUUGUGCUUCUGCUGGUGUACGUGGAUGACAUCCUGCUCUUCAGCAGCAGUGACAAGGAGAUCGAUGGAGUGCAGCGGAAGCUCACAGAGCAGUUCAAGUGCAAGUCACUUGGAGAGGCAAGGUACUACAUGGGAAUGCACAUUGAGCGGGAUACUGAACGUGGCUGGCUCAAACUGCAUCAGGGACAGUACAUCCACACCUUGGCUGAGAAGUACUCUCUGCAGGAAGAACGGGAAGUGGUCACACCUUUGCCUUCCGAGUUCAAACUCAUAAAGGCAGCUGAAGGAGAAGGAGUUGAGAGUGAAGACCAGAGGCAAUUCCAAUCCAUGGUCGGGAGCCUACUCUACGCUGCUGUGCAUACUCGGCCUGACAUCAGCUUUGCUGUGGGACAGCUGGCUCGAGUAGCGCAAAAUCCAACAGAAGAGCAGUAUGGUGCAGCGGAGAGAGUGGUGCGCUACCUCAAGUCAUACCCUACAGUGGGAGUACAUUCUUCAUGGGUUGUACAAGCACAUGAGGAUCAAGUGGCAUUGGCUGCGGAAGGAGGUGAAGCUUGGGACACUGGAUCCGAUCUACGUGAAAACUCAGCAACAGCCAGCCGACUUCCUUACCAAGCGGCUAGCUGAAGAGCCACACUGGCACUGUGCGAGGAUGGCGGGAAUGUCCUUGAACUAGAGACGGCAAAACAAGCCGACAGUCUGAGGGGGAGUGUGUUGGUGCAUAUUCGUUUGCACGUCAUCUGUCGUCUGUUCGCAUCAUUCCGUUGCAUGCGUUUUGUGUGCUACAUUGUUUGUGUGGUUUGUUGGGUUUGCAUGUCUUUGCAUGUUUAUCUUGUGUUUGUGCAGAUGUGCUUGGAUUGUGCAUGGCAUCGAGCACAUUCCAACGAGCCAAGAAUUGUUGGAAUCGGAGCACAUAUGAAGAAGUUACGAAGAGGUGUUUGAUGGAUUUGUUACAACUCAUUGGAAGUCCUUGGCAGCUGCUACACCAAAGUUGGAGAGCCCUAUAACG